ACCUUUUCAGCACAUCGAUGCGUCACAAAGCAAACCUCUCUUCCGUAUGACGGCCACCAUCUUAGCUUAGACCCAACUAAUAACUCCAUCAGUCCAUCUCCUAGCUCCCAACUAGGUCAGUCAAAUACGCAAGGUGGUCAAAACCAAAAUCCAAGCGAAGAAGCAUAGUGAUCGAAGGUGGAGCAUCGGAGGCAUGGCGGCAAGCGACCCCUGCCUGAGCCAGACGACGGAGGAGGCUCGAUCGGCGACGCCGUCGCUGGCAUCGUUGCCGAGUCAAGAGCGGCACUUCUCGCGGCGGCGGCGGCGGCGGCAGCAGAUAGCACUCGGAGGGGGUGGCCGUGGCCGUGCGGGUGACGAUGAACACUACUGGCCUGCGCCGGCGUCGUCGUACCACGCGCAGGCCGAGCAGCAAGGAGUGCACUACAACGUCGGCGCCGGCACGGGCACCUCCUCCGCCCCCUCAUCGCAUCAUACUGCGGGGCACCUCGCCGCUGCGGAUGCUGGAUCUCCUCAGCAGCAGGCGCCGCCGGCAGGGGCACCAGCUGCUGCUGCUGCCGCUGCUGGAGGCCAGGCCGUGGAGGUGCAAGCAGGUACGGUGACGAGGCAGCACCACUACCGUGGCGUGCGGCAGCGGCCGUGGGGCAAGUGGGCGGCGGAGAUCCGGGACCCCCGCAAGGCGGCGCGCGUCUGGCUCGGCACCUUCGACACAGCGGAGGCCGCCGCCGCCGCCUACGACGACGCCGCGCUCCGGUUCAAGGGCGCCAAGGCCAAGGUCAACUUCCCCGAGCGCGUCCGGGGCCGCACUGGCCAGGGCGCCUUCCUCGUCACUCCCGGUGUCCCCCAGCCGCUUCCAUUAUCGGCGCAUGUGCCGCAGCGCCCGACGACCGUCGCGCCGUUCCCCGACCUGAUGCGGUACGCGGAACUGCUGCAGGGCGGGAGCAGCGGCAACCCCAUGGCCGGCAUAACUGAUCACAUGGCGCCGGCGUUCUCAAUGCCACCUUCGCAGCCGUCGUCGGUGCAGGUUCUGGACUUCUCGACGCAGCAGCUAGUCCGGAGCUCGCCGAUGACGUCCGGCCAGCCGUCGACAUCGACGUCGACCGCUGCAUCUUCGCCCAGCACGUGGCCUCACGUUGAGCAGCACAGGGAGUAGCCGAGUAGAUGAAGCGCAUGAGAGUUCGAAUGCUCGUGGCUGAUUUUUGCUAAGCAUGCAUGCUCUAAUAUCCUGGCCUUGCUUGUUUCUUGGGUUCUCUUCAAAUCUGAGCAACUGAGGAAACUAGUGCAAAUUAGCAAAGGAGGAAUCUCCCUAUCUUUCAAAAAGGAAUUACCAGAGGAAUGAUCUUAAGCAAAUGAUUAUGAGUAUAGCUAUUUGUACCUAUAUAAUUUGAUGUUUGAAAUUUGUCGAAUGCUCCUUUUCUGUUUGAAAUACCGUCCAGUAUUCUGUUUAUGCCAUUGUGUAAAGCAAGUCUAUUUUAAGCAUGUGCUCGUUUUGCUA